CUUGCACCUGGAUACGACACCCAAACAGCAUGGAGCAGCUGCUCAAUAGCUCAUCAAAGACCUAAUGGUGGAUGCGAUGGAUGCUCUACCUGAAGUACGCGAGGCCAGUUGUGUAGAGCUGCUCAGUGGUCUGAUAGAAGCUUUCGCUAGUGCCAACAGUCCAACAUGUCUCCGAUGUAUUUCAUCCAUGCUAUCAGAAGAGAAGCCUAUUUUACCUUUACGACAACUACAAGCUCGUGGUCUUGGCACUACGGUAGCGGGGGCUCUGAUAUCUGGACACAGUCUAGAGAUCUUGGAAUUGUGUCUAUCUCGAGUUUUGCCAAUGGAGCUAGCUGUUGCCUGUUUAUGUAGCCACGUAUAAUGCACGGAGUGAGAACUUGACAGUAGAGCCUCCGAAACACAUGUCGAUUAUCAUGAAGUUUCUCAAAUUAGAAACCAUUAUCCGUAGUAUCUAGUUGAUGAGAAGAUUCUGGUGUCGGACGACUACCUUUACGAAGGUUUAUAAGUCAAGGAAGUUCAAUGUGUAGAAACUUAUCGACUUAUGUAUUGAAGUUCUUUUCCCAUUUUCCAGUAUACAAC